AUGUUUUCAAGAAAGCAAAUCUCGCCUCCAAAUACUCCAUUGGAGGAGGAGAAAGACAAGUACUAUUAUUCAAAAUAUAAAGAAACCCAAUUCUCCCUCAACAAUCCCAAUUUAAAGUUUGCUGCCUUAGUUUUUGUCUUCCUAUCUUCUUGGCUGCUUCUUCUUCUCUUUUGGUUCCCACCCAAAACCACAAACAAUGUCGCUGUUCUCCAUCUCGCUCACAAAACUCAAAAUCCCGAAACCAUCAAUCUCACCACCGCCGCCGCCACAAAAUCGCCGUUUGAGGUUCCCACGUGCAACCCAGGCGUCGCAGUUUACGUGUACCCUCUGCCGCCCAAGUUCAACACCGGGCUUUUGAGCCGCUGCAAAACCCUCAACGUGUACACCGACAUGUGUCCCCACGUGGCAAAUCGCGGCCUCGGCCAGCCCCUUCCCAAGCUUGGCUCCUCCGCCGACUGGUUCGCCACCCACCAGUUCAUCGCCGAGAUGAUCUUCCACGCACGUGUGGAGAACCACCCCUGUCGCACCCUCGACCCCGCACGUGCCGCCCUCUUCUACGUCCCCUUCUACGGCGGCCUCCACGCCUCCAGCAUGUUCAAGGAGGCCAACCUCACCGCUCGCGACGAGCUUGCAGUUGACCUCGUUGACCACCUCCAGGCGCAACCCUGGUGGGCGAGGAAUAGCGGUAGGGACCACUUCAUCGCCCUGGGGAGGACCGCGUGGGAUUUCAUGAGGGCCACCGACGGUCCGGAUUUCGGCGCCAACUCCCUCCUCAACUUGCCAGCUGUCAAAAACAUGUCGGUGCUGACCGUGGAGCGGCACCCCUGGCAAGGCUCAAACCAGCACGGCAUACCCUACCCUUCCUACUUCCACCCCUCCACGUGGCAGGAGAUGCUGACGUGGCAAAACAAAGUGCGGGAGAUGAAGCGGCCAAACCUGUUCUCCUUCAUCGGCGGGCCCCGCAAGGGGUUGGAGAAGGCGGCGAUCCGGAACGAGUUCAUACGGCAAUGCGGCGAGUCGACUCGGUGUUUGCUCAUGAACUGUGGGCCCAGUGGGGCCAGCAAGUGCCACGAGCCCGGCGAGGUCUUGAAGGUUAUGACCGAGUCGACGUUCUGCCUGCAGGCUCCCGGCGACUCGUUCACUCGUCGGUCAACGUUUGACUCGGUGUUGGCGGGCUGCAUACCGGUGUUCUUUUCGCCGCACACGGCGUACACGCAGUAUAAAUGGUUUUUACCGGAGGAGGUAAAAACGUACUCCGUCUAUAUCGACGAGAAGAGCCCCGCGAGUAGAAAGAUAGAGGACGAGUUGUUGAAGAUAUCGGGAGAGAAGGUGAAGGCGAUGCGCGAGAAGCUCGUGGAUUUGAUACCGAGUCUUACCUACGCGCAUCCGAACGCCACAGAUGUUGGGUUCGGAGACGCCGUCGACGUGGCGCUUGCGUCGCUGGCCAACCACGUGAGCAAAAUGAUGAAUUAA